UUUAUUAGGUAAAAGCAAGGAGGCAGAAAUUAAGAGAAUAAAUAAAGAAUUGGCAAAUAUUCGCAGCAAAUUCAAAGGAGAUAAAACACUUGAUGGUUACCAAAAAAAGAAGUAUGUUUGCAAGCUUCUUUUUAUUUUUCUGCUUGGUCAUGACAUCGACUUUGGACAUAUGGAGGCUGUUAAUCUACUCUCAUCUAAUAAGUAUUCAGAGAAACAAAUUGGUUACCUUUUCAUAUCAGUCUUAGUAAAUACGAAUAGCGAUCUCAUCAAACUGAUUAUUCAAAGUAUAAAAAAUGAUCUUGCAUCGCGUAAUCCGAUUCAUGUGAAUCUAGCAUUGCAAUGCAUUGCUAAUAUUGGUAGUAAAGAAAUGGCAGAGACUUUUGGGAACGAAAUACCAAAACUGCUCGUUUCUGGUGAUACUAUGGACGUGGUCAAGCAAAGCGCAGCAUUGUGUUUGUUACGAUUACUGCGUACCGCUCCAGACGUUGUUCCCGGUGGGGAAUGGACUUCGCGUAUAGUUCACCUAUUGAACGAUCAACAUCUCGGUGUCGUUACCGCGGCUGCCUCUCUGAUCGACGCCCUUGUAAAAAGAAAUCCGGAUGAGUACAAAGGAUGCGUCAGCCUAGCGGUUUCGAGAUUGAGCAGGAUCGUAACAUCAAACUACACAGACCUACAGGAUUAUACGUAUUAUUUUGUGCCAGCACCUUGGCUAUCCGUUAAAUUGUUGCGAUUACUACAGAAUUACACACCGCCUGCAGAAGACCCGGGAGUACGGGGUAGGUUGAACGAAUGCCUAGAAACGAUAUUGAACAAAGCUCAAGAACCACCGAAAUCGAAAAAGGUGCAACACUCGAACGCGAAGAAUGCUGUGCUAUUCGAAGCGAUUAGUUUAAUCAUUCACAAUGACAGCGAAUUGCCAUUAUCGGUCAGAGCGUGCAAUCAGCUUGGUCAGUUUCUAUCGAACCGCGAGACGAAUCUUCGUUACUUAGCGCUUGAAUCCAUGUGCCACCUGGCCACAUCCGAACUGUCGCACGAGGCGGUAAAAAAGCAUCAAGAGGUCGUCAUCUUGUCAAUGAAGAUGGAGAAGGACGUAUCCGUUAGACAACAGGCUGUUGAUCUCUUGUACGCGAUGUGCGACAAAAGUAAUGCAGAAGAAAUAGUACAAGAAAUGUUGAACUACCUCGAGACAGCUGAUUACUCAAUCAGAGAAGAAAUGGUUCUCAAGGUAGCCAUUCUGGCUGAAAAAUAUGCUACCGAUUACACUUGGUAUGUCGACGUGAUACUCAAUCUUAUUAGGAUAGCUGGUGAUUACGUCUCGGAAGAAGUAUGGUACAGAGUUAUCCAAAUUGUUAUCAACAGAGACGAUGUACAAGGAUACGCAGCGAAAACUGUUUUCGAGGCUCUGCAAGCACCUGCUUGCCAUGAGAAUAUGGUUAAGGUAGGCGGCUACAUACUUGGCGAAUUCGGAAAUUUAAUUGCUGGGGAUCAACGCUCCUCACCCGCUGUGCAAUUUCAGUUAUUACAUUCCAAGUAUCACUUAUGUUCUCCUAUGACUCGAGCCUUGUUACUUUCAACGUAUAUCAAAUUUGUUAACUUGUUCCCGGAAAUGAGAAACCAAAUACAAGAUGUUUUCAGACAAGACAGUAAUUUGCGUAGCGCGGAUGCGGAGCUACAACAAAGAGCUUCGGAGUAUCUUCAAUUGAGCAUUAUAGCUUCCAGCGAUGUUUUGGCAACCGUUUUAGAGGAGAUGCCAGCAUUUCCGGAAAGAGAAUCAUCGAUUCUCGCCGUUCUUAAGAAAAAGAAACCGGGUCGAGUGCCCGAGAAUGAGAUUAGGGAAAGUAAAAGUCCCGCACCGAAUACGAAUCAUCACGUGGAUGCGCCUGCAACUCAGACGGCAACAGUUAAUAAUACGUCGGCAGAUUUAUUAGGUCUUUCUACGCCGCCAUCCUCUCAACCAACCAGCAACACAGGAGUUUUGCUCGACGUGUUGGGAGAUAUUUAUAAUAUGCCAAACAAAGUUGCUGCCAACGGUGCCCCGAACACAUGUAAUCCCAAGAAAUUCGUUUGUAAGAAUAACGGUGUGCUCUUUGAAAACGAUUUGAUCCAAAUCGGAGUAAAAUCAGAAUUUAGACAAAACCUGGGACGCGUUGGUCUUUUUUAUGGAAACAAAACUCAGUAUGCCCUUCACAGUUUUCAACCUCAAAUAUCCUGGUCCGAGGAGAAUCAACAGAAACUGGCUGUACAAGUGAAGCCGGUCGAUCCUGUGCUCGAAGCUGGUGCUCAGAUACAACAAAUGAUUAAUGCGGAAUGUAUCGACGACUAUUCCGGCGCGCCGAGCAUGCUUAUUUCCUUUAUUUAUAACAAUGUGCCACAGAAGAUAACGAUGCAGUUACCAUUAACAAUUAAUAAAUUCUUCGAACCUACGGAAAUGAAUGGAGAAUCGUUCUUCGCGCGGUGGAAAAAUCUCGGAGGCGUGAAUCAACAACGUUCGCAGAAAAUUUUCAAAGCGCAGCAACCGAUGGACCUCGCGCAAGUUCGUACGAAACUACAAGGAUUCGGAAUGCAGCUGCUCGACGGUAUAGAUCCGAAUCCCGAUAAUUUCGUUUGUGCAGGUAUAGUACAUAUGAGAGCACAACAAGUAGGAUGUUUAUUACGUUUGGAACCCAACAAACAAGCGCAGAUGUUCCGCUUGACGGUGCGCUCGAGUAAGGAGUCGAUGUCAGUAGAGAUCUGUAACCUGCUGGUGGACCAAUUUUAAAUACGGCCUAGCAGGCAUUAAAACUAAUGUAAGAAACAAUUUGAAACGCCGCGGGAAGACAUAUCGCGAUCGCAAGAAGAGUAUCGUCUCUCGAUGUUCCCGAAGAUACUGAAUGAUUGUUUGUUAAGAAAUAUUCGUUGUACCCAAGCUUACACUCACAGCGCGGACAUCGGAGAAGUGAGUCCUCGCGUGUAGGCGAAGCGUUGUUACCACUUUACGAUUCGAAACCAAUUGGAAUGCUCCGUAACGCUAUCAAGGUAAAUUGCGUGUACGAGAAUAAACAAAAAUACGUAGACGAUGACUACAGUGGAUGAUCAUUGGUCUACGGGCAAAGGUAACAAGCAAAGAUUACUAUCUUCUUUUUCUGUUUUUAAAUUAUCAUGUGUCUGUUAGCAAAAUUGAUUGUAACUUAUGUCAAAUGACAAUUAGAUAUUUGCCACGAGUAUCCGCAAAGAUAGAAGAGAACCCAAGAGAAUUAAAUCGCAUUCAAAUCAUUAGCGUACAUUUUUUACAGACAAUUUUUAUAGUUAGUUGUUAUGCUGAUAUAAAGGACUUUUGAUGAGUUUACCAAUCAUUUAUACCGAUUUGCGCGCUCGUGGCUUUGUCCGUCAUCUAUGACUCCUCCGAGCUCUUAUCUUUUUCUACGUAAGAUUUAUUAUUUUUCAUACUCGACUCCUUUGUUUAUCCUUCUCGUCUUUGAGAUUAUCAUUGUUGCGUGAGCGAGAGUAGAUUUGGGCACGAUGACAGUAGUUGUAUAAUAUUAGUUGUUUACCGUAGGCAUUUUCCUUGUAUUUAACGGAGCUAAAAAUUUCUCUUGUAAUUAGUAGAUUCGAGAUUUCAUUGCUCCCGUCCCGUGAUUCCCCUUCCCUCUUCCAUCAACUUCGCUUUUCUCCCUUUCUCCUGAUUUUCCUUACCUCAUGCAUUAAUGUAUAAAAAAGAAAAAAGAAGAGAAGAUCCAUGGCUGGUUACAUUCAUUGAAAAGUGCGACUAAGUUCGGUGAGAGGUAAACGAACGAGCAAAGAAACAAGGAAACAAGUAAUUUUUCUAAUCGUCUUUAACGAGUCUUGUGUGAGAUGUAUAUCUCGGUAUAUUAUAUCUUGUACAGAUGAUAAUACAUAUUUGCGAAUGCGUUGGUGGCUAUUAGAAAAUGAAGAAAAAGAAAAAGGAGAGAAAUAGAGCAGCUCUAAAUCGACGUUUGCGAUCAACUCACGCUUCAUGUGUUAUUACUUUAUCCCGAUUAUUGUGGAGAAUUGUAUAUCGCCAAUUGAAUUGUACAUACAUAAAGAAAUUCAUUGAUUGACCUAAGCGUCAACGUAGGUGUCAUUACACGUGAAGAAAAGUUGAGUGAGUACUUGCAGGCGCGGCGAUCCCUCUGUAAUAAUUAUCGUUCGUUCCUGCUGUAUCGUUUAUACAUAUAUGCUUCUUUAUCAUGCGAACACGAUAUGUAUAUUUUUUUAUGUUCGUACAUAGUAUAAAAUUACAUUGGAAGUCUUUCUCCUUAAUCCAAACCCGUGAUUCCUUUUUAUUGUUUUAGACUACACAUGAAUUCAGGGCUAGCAUGAACCGAUAAAGAGAUCUGUAUAGAUGACGCGUUGUUUUAUCAAAAUGUUUUUUUUUAUCUUGUACUGUUUACUGUAUAAAUUUUAUCAAUCAAAAAUGUUUGAAGGUUCAACAGCGACGAAUCUUAAGUUCGUUUAAGUAGCGCGAAAAAUGUGAGUUCAAAGAGCGUUCGUAAUCUCGAGGAUGUAUUAUUAGUAUGUGAACUAUCGUUAAAUCGAAUGAAAAAGAAAAUAUUUGAUAAAAUCUACGUUCCUUUUCAUUCGAUGACCCGUGAGAAAACAGAACGAAUGCUUAUUAAAUUUUAAUUCAUGAUUUUUUCUUUUUAAUCUGACUUUCAUUGCGAAUUUUAUUUUGUAAUAAACGAAAGUAUAUCAUGUCUAGUAAUAAAAUUAUUUACAAAAUACACGCGACUGUGUGUACUUUGGAAAAGCCGGAUAAUCGCGAUGACAUUUACAAUCUGUUUUCAUUUAGAGAAACGCGACAUUAUACAUUACGUAAGGAAUGAACAUUCCUAAAGUGGCACGAAGAGCCAAUUCGUGUACGUAGCAUACGCGCAGUGGUAUUUUGUAUUUAAGUCGAUUACGUAGUUCCGAGAACUACUGUAUUUUCCUUUUUAAAUACGCCUCGUUAAUUUAUAGACAAGGAGGAAAAGAGAACGGAUUAAAAAAUGAGUGUUCUGUUUUAUAGUUCAGUCGCUCCAUCGAUUUUUCUCGGUUUUUGUACAUACAUACAUACAUACAUACAUAAAAUGCAACAAAAAAAUCUAUUCUAAUUUUUCCGUUCUCUGAAUCAUGAAGCAGUGAACGGCGUGCGUGUAAUCGUUAAUUAAAUUGAUCAAACGAAACGAAAUAGAUUCUCGGACGCGAUCACCCAGUCAUGGAUUUGCUGCUGGAUUUUACGUUUGAAAGAAAAAACGGGUCUCGUAUCGACGAUUCAAACAGUGUCUGUGCGUUUAUCAUAAAAAAAACGGAUGUGUGAAUCAUGGUCAUUCGGCGAUCACGUUUCAAACGACACGUAUAUAUAUUAUAUACACACGCGCGGAUGCAUAUAUGCAUAAAUAUAAAUAGAAUAUACAUAAUUCAUAUAAAUAUAUAUAUAUAUAUAUUAUACGAAUUAUUCAGGAGAGAUACGUGCGGGUAUGCACGAUUGUUAGAUUAUUAUGUUGCGGUGUUUUGAUCGUAUUUGACGAUCGCGACCAUACGCAGGUACGCGAAAUUAUUGUAACGAUUUAUACUCGUAAUUAAAAUGAACAGACAGAAUACAAUGCAGCAAAUUAUUAGAAUUGUGUUCUAUACAUAUAAAGAUAACAUUUAUAAAAUAAAUAACUGGUAUUUAAGUUAAAUUCUAAGAAUGAAGUUUGUAUGCAAAUGUGAUCCUCUCAUAUAUUUCAUUUCUCAAAAAGUAUUCAUUCUGCGGUCAAUUUUAAUUACGAAAGUAUCAUCGCUUCAAUAGAUUCACGUGGUGGCGUGUUUAAAUGAAACGCGUUUGUUACAACGCUACAGAGAUUUAUUCCGAUAAAUCCUUUAUCUAUCUCUUUCUCUCUAUCUUUCGUGCUUCAUUUUCCCCGUGUAUAGAUUUAACGUAAGAAUUUUGUUGGAUGUAGUGAAAGAAAUCUUUGCAAUCGAUUAUUCGAAGUCUCAAAUGUUCGCUGUCGCUCACGACACUUCAUUUCGGUAUAGCUAGUAUAUGUAUUUUGUAGUAAUGCGUACAACACAACGUAUUUUACAGUGUAGAUGCUCUGUUUGUUGUACAUAAGUAGCUUUUUUUAUUUAUUUGUGGCUGUAGUGUGCAAGUGGAAUUCGAAGGCUCAACGAUUUUCCAAUUCAUCACGAGUCUUCUUGUACCAAAAAUUGCAAAUCUAUAUUGAAUGUUUGAAGUUAUGGAUAAAAUUUUGGAAAUAUAAAUUUGGAAGACUAUCACACUUCUUGUUUUGCAUAUUAAUAUGCUGUAUAUAUAAACGAAGUUGAUAUGAUCUUCUACAGUCGUAAAUUUGAAUUGCAAAUUUUGUUAAGCCAUCGAAAAUGGUUGUUCCUCGUUUGUCUGUGUUUAGUUUAGACAACGUAAUUCGACACGUGCAUGAUCGAAAUCAACCAGUAGUAUGAUGUUUUUAUAAUUUCUACGUUUAAUCUUUACGCGAGGAAAACUGGAAAAUAAUUUUGGAUUAUUUUUAACGAUUACAUUCAUUUUCUCUCUUCCAUUGUCAACGCGAGAACAGCCUGUAGAGACUUUUCCGCGAACGUUAUUUUGUAUCGUUUUACUCUACGUACAUGUACGUUUGUAAAAUGCUAUUGAUUUAUAUUAUUAAACUAUACAUAUAUACACAUAUAUCAGUCUCGUACAAAAGUGUGUUUUGUCUAAAUUAUUUGAAUUUAAUUGAAACAUCUGCGCUUGAGCAACAUUUCGUCCGAUGUACAAUUUAUUUAUCGAAUAACUAAUGAAAUUACGAUAUUUGAAGUGCUUGUUCGUUCAGGGACUGAAAUUACAUGACAAUAUAAACUCAGUUCGAACUAAAA